UAAAAUCUGAACAUUUGUUUAUUUAUUUAUACUAGUAAUUAGUAAGAUUAACAUAAAAGUGUUUUUUUUUUAUUGUUUUUAUGACCGAUGUUGACGUGAACAGUGAGGAUUUAAAAUAACUUUCAAAAUGAUGUGGGAUUCGUCAACCUUUUUGGGUGCAUUAACGCCGAAGUUUUACGUAGCCUUAACCGGUACUUCAUCUCUUAUCUCCGGCUUGAUACUAAUAUUCGAAUGGUGGUAUUUUCGAAAAUAUGGCACUUCGUUUAUAGAACAGGUGUCACUUACACACCUGGGUCCAUGGCUUGGUGGAAAUGGUGCUCAGGGCACAGAGCCAGAGGGCGGCGAUUGCAAAGUGUGGCGCAACCCUAUGUCGCUUCUACGCGGCGCGGAGUACGGUCGGCUAUGGAGCGCUGCGCGUCGGGCUCCGCUUACCUAUUAUGACAUGAAUCUUUCCGCCCAGGAACACCAAGCGUGGUUCGGUAGUGGCGGAGGAGGCGCAGGGGGCGCGGACGAGGCUUUGGCACGCGCGUGGCGUGAGCGUGAGCCCGCGACGCGGGUUGCGUGUGCUCGCGCCGCUCUCGCGCUACGACCCGACUGCGCCGCUGCGUUACUGCUGCUUGCAGAGGAGGAUGCGCCUACCGUACUUGAAGCGGAGCGUGUACUGAGACGAGCCUGGCGCGCGGGUGAGGCGGCAUGGCGAGCGCUGGCAGCGGCGGGAGCAGCCGGCGCGGCGCGGCGCGAGGCAGCCGUCCUCGCACACGUCAAGCGGCGCGCCGCCAUGUGUGCGCGUCGGCUCGGUCGCCUGCGCGACGCCGCGCGCCUGUUCCGUGAGCUGGCGCGAGAUGCGCCCCCCGCGCUGCACGCGCUCGCUCUGCAUGAGAACCUCAUCGAGGUGCUGCUCGAGCAGCGCGCCUACGCAGAUGUGCAGGCGGUGCUGGCCCGGUAUGAUGAUGUGGGGUUGCCGAGGUCAGCUACGGUGUGCUACACGGCAGCACUGCUGCGGGCGCGGGCAGCCAGCCCGUCGGCGGGUGCGGGGGCGCGUGCGCACGCCGAAGCGGUGGCGCUCGAGGCUAUUCGCCGUGCUAUCGAGUUCAACCCACACGUGCCCGAAUACCUGCUGGAACUGCGGCCGUUGACGCUGCCGCCAGAGCACGUGCUCAAACGCGGUGAUAGCGAGGCUGUCGCGUAUGCAUUUUGGCAUCUUCGUCACUGGCGUGCUGCGGACGGUGCGCUGCGGCUGCUGGGCGCGGCGUGGGCGGCAGCAGAGCGGGAGGGUGCGGACGCGGGCGUGGGGCGCGCCGGGGCCUGCCUGCAAUGCGCGGACCGCGAGCUGUUGCCGGCGCACCACACGCUGUCAGUAUUCCCGCGGCGGAGAGCGCCGGCUCUGCUUCCGCUGGCUGCGGCGCUGUGCGCGGCGACGGCGCUGCUGGCGUUGCUGGCGCACCGCUGGCCGGCGGCGGCGGCGCAGGCGGCGCGGGCUGCUGCGCAGGCGCUCGACCCGCGGCCGCUGCUGCGCCUCCUCACCGCUAUUUGAGAGCCCUCUCCGGGUUUAUAUAUUAAAUUAUUACCUAAUAGUUAUAUGUGUUACGUUCGUGCGUAAUUUAUUUAUUUUUGUGUCGUAUUAAGUAUUUAGUCUUUACCAAGAUACUGUAAGCUCAAUAAAGGACAUUAACAAUAAA